AUGGAAAAGAAACGCACCCGCGUGCAACUCUCAUGCACAGCCUGCCGAGCCCGCAAGUUAAAGUGUUGCCGCACGCACCCCUGCACAAACUGCCUGAAGCGCAACGAAGCCGGCACUUGCACCUUCAUCGGGCGCGGCCCGCGCGGCAAGACCUCGAGUAAUGGACGGACCAGCCCGACGCAAGUACAGGAUCGGUUGCAGCACCUGGAGAAUCUGAUUCUGUCGUUUACGCAGCAGCAACAACAGCAGCAGCAGCAGGAGAGGUCGAAUAGUGUGGGUGAACACCAACAGGUGAUUAAUAAUGGUGGUCAGAUUACGCCGGCAUCGUCGGUGCAACCGUCAUUGGCAUUUGGGGAGGUACAGCAAGCGCAGGGCGGAGAUUCGGAAACUCCGCCUCCUGAUCCCGGGAGGUUGGUGGUUAGGGAGACGGGCAUGAGGUAUAUUGAUGGGGCGCAUUGGAGUGCGAUUCUCGAGGAAAUUAGUGGAGUCAAGGAGUAUCUAAGGGAGAAUGAGGAGUUGGGGUUGUCUGAUGAGGAAGGGGAAGACGACGAGAUGGUAAGGCCGUCGAAUGCGCCAACGCUAUUACUUGGGCUGCACCAGGAAAUGACCAUGGACGAGUUGUUGGACGGGUUGCCGGCUCGGCCGGUCGUGGAUCGCGUCGUGGCUAUGUUUGUCGGCCUUAAUGAGCCGACCACAGUGAUGGUGCACUUUCCUACUUUCCAGAAACAGUAUAACCAAUUCUGGCAAAGACCAAAGGAAGUUUCUAUCUCUUGGCUGGCACUGCUGUACGCAGCUCUCACAAUAACAAUGUCCGUGUAUAUGCGCACCGGGGAGCCGCUACCGGCAGAAUUCGGGGAAGCAGAUGAAGCCGUUCAGCGUCUCAGGCAAUUGACCGCGCAGUGUCUAGUUCAGUCGAACUACACCGUUCCGGGGCGUUUCAAAGUGGAGGCUCUGUUUUUUUACACAAUGUGCGAAUUCUUCCGCAGCGAGGAUGCCCAAGUCGGAGUAUCUUUUCUGCUGAACAUGGCAAUUCGACUUGCUAUGCGUUCAGGGUACCACCGGGAUCCGCAACACUUUCCGAAUAUCACACCAUACGAAGGCGAGAUGAGGCGGCGGGUCUGGGCUAUCAUGCGUCAACUGGAUGUUUUGAUCUCGUUCCAGGUUGGGGUCCCGCGGGGUAUACAGGACUGGCAGCAGGACGUGGAGCUACCGCGUAACAUCUCUGAUGAGGAAUUUGGGGAGUCUACCGUUGAACUGCCGCCAUCUCGACCCGAGACUGAACUCAGUACAACUGCAUAUAUCCGCGGAAAGUCACGACUUAUGGCCGUAUUUGGGAAGAUCUCUGAUUUAGCGUACUCGCGCGAUCCUAUGACAUAUGAUGACAUACUGGCCCUGGACCGACAGCUGGAGGAAGCUCGGGACCUUGUGCCCACUGCAUUCAAGAUACGCCCACUUGACCAGUGCUUCGUGGAUUCAUCAUACCUGAUCCUGAGACGAUACACAUUGGAACUUUUGUACCAGAAGGCCCGCUGUGUGCUGCAUCGGCGCUACCUGGGCGAGGUGCAUACCAAUCCCCGCUAUGCCUACUCGCGUCAGGUUUGCAUGAGUGCUUCCAAGGAGAUCCUCCGUCACCAGGCGGAUAUCUACCACGAGACUCAGCCGGGUGGACUUCUUUACCGCGACCGACAAUUCCCGAACUCGCUUCAGACCGCAGACUAUUUGCUUGCCGCCAUGAUCAUCUGUCUGGAUCUGUCGCAGAACCCUACCGGCACACCGACGGGAAGCACGGACGAGGACGUAGCGGCAGUCAUCCGGAGCCGGGAGGAACUGCUAGCGACCAUUAAAACGUCACAUCGGAUAUUUGAGCAGCAGCGUAGACGCUCGGCAGAUGCACAGAAGGCAUAUGUGGCACUGACAAUCAUGCUGCGGCGAAUUAAUUUCCAGCAACAGGAAAGCCAACAACUGACUUCCGCACAACCACCACUAUACGGAAGUUGGAAUGGGCAGCCAUACUCAGUUGGAGUGGAUCCAAUGGGCAUCACCCCAGAGUAUCAGGCACUCGAUGUUAUCGGAGAGAUGCUCGAUGCGCCAACCAAUCUCGACUGGAAUCUCUGGGAUCAGCAGAUGCAAUGUGCCGCCAACACGGAUGUGGGGUUAUGGGGGGAUAAUAUACCAGAAGCUGUAAACAUAUAG